CUGGGUAAAGAUGGACGCUCCCGAUCUGUUUCGCCGGCUCGGCGCGGGGGCCAAGUUCAAUGUGAGACGCUUCUCGGCGGACGCAGCCCGGUUCCAGAUCAGGAAAGGUAUCACCUUGGAUUCUAUAUGCCCGAACACACUUGUCAGCUCACCAAAUAUUUGGUGAAAGAAUAAAAAAGAUGGGGAGUCAUUGGACCCACAUCCUUACUGCCAAUACUGCUAAGAGGUGCUGCAGGGACUGGACUUUUUUGGAAACAAGUCUGUCCCAGGUGAUUGUGGAGCAUCGAAAACUCAUCAGGAACUACAAGAUGAAGAGAAAAAAGAAGAGAGCCUAACUGAAAGGAAGAGGGAGCAGAACAAAAAAAAGAGGAAGAAGAUGACUUCAGAAAUGAUUUCUCAAGAAGUUUCUACUAUACAAUGGAUAUCAUCUGUGGAAGCAAAGAUUGAAGAGAAGAAAGCCAAAAAAGAAAAUAAACUAACUUCAGGAAAGUUGGAGCAGCUCAGGAAAGAAAAGAUAAACUUCUUGCGGAAUAAACAUAAAAUUCAUGUCCAAGGAACUGAUCUUCCUGACCCAAUUGCUACAUUUCAGCAACUUGACGAGGAAUAUAAAAUCAAUGCUCGACUGCUUCAGAACAUUCUAGAUGCAGGCUUCCAGAUACCUACACCAAUCCAAAUGCAAGCCAUUCCAGUUAUGCUGCAUGGUCGAGAACUUCUGGCUUCUGCUCCUACUGGAUCUGGAAAGACUUUAGCUUUUAGCAUUCCUAUUUUAAUGCAGCUGAAACAACCCACAAAUAAAGGCUUCAGAGCCCUGAUUAUAUCACCAACACGAGAACUUGCCAGCCAGAUUCACCGAGAGUUAGUAAAAAUAUCUGAGGGAACAGGAUUCAGGAUACACAUGAUCCACAAAGCAGCAGUUGCAGCCAAGAAAUUUGGACCUAAAUCAUCCAAGAAAUUUGAUAUUCUUGUGACUACUCCAAAUCGACUAAUCUAUUUAUUAAAGCAAGAUCCUCCAGGAAUAGAGUUAACAAGUGUUGAGUGGCUGGUAGUAGAUGAAUCAGAUAAACUGUUUGAAGAUGGCAAAACUGGGUUCAGAGACCAGCUGGCUUCCAUUUUUUUGGCCUGCACAUCCCACAAGGUCAGAAGAGCUAUGUUCAGUGCAACUUUUGCAUAUGAUGUUGAGCAGUGGUGCAAACUCAACCUGGACAAUGUCAUUACUGUAUCCAUUGGAGCAAGGAAUUCUGCUGUAGAGACUGUAGAACAGGAGCUUCUCUUUGUUGGCUCUGAGACUGGAAAACUUCUGGCCAUGAGAGAACUUGUUAAAAAGGGUUUCAGUCCACCAGUUCUUGUUUUUGUUCAGUCCAUUGAGAGGGCUAAGGAGCUUUUUCAUGAGCUCAUAUAUGAAGGUAUUAAUGUGGAUGUUAUUCAUGCAGACAGAACGCAGCAACAGAGAGAUAACACAGUCCACAGCUUCAGAGCAGGAAAAAUCUGGGUUCUUAUUUGUACAGCCUUGCUGGCCAGAGGGAUUGAUUUUAAAGGUGUGAACUUGGUGAUCAACUAUGACUUUCCAACCAGCUCAGUGGAGUACAUCCACAGGAUAGGUCGAACUGGAAGAGCAGGGCAUAGAGGAAAAGCUGUUACAUUUUUCACAGAAGAUGAUAAACCAUUAUUACGAAGUGUUGCCAAUGUUAUACAGCAGGCUGGAUGUCCUGUACCAGAAUACAUAAAAGGUUUCCAAAAACUACUAAGCAAACAAAAGAAAAAGAUGAUUAAGAAGCCUUUGGAGAGAGAGAGCAUUAGUACAACUCCAAAAUAUUUUUUAGAAAAAGCUAAGGAUACACAGAAAAAGGUCACUGGUCAGAAGAGCAAGAAGAAAGUAGCUCCUGAGGACAAAAGUUAAAAACAGACUUUCAAAAAGACUGUCUCACAAAUGUAAUUUUAUGAUUCCAGUAUGAAUGUUGUUUUCAUGGAAUACAUCAUCUUAUAAUCACCUGUACCAAACAUUUGAAAUGAACCACAAGAACACCGGACUGGUGAAAAAUGAUCCUAAAUUAUCAGCGCAUCAUGUCAAGUUCAGUUUGUAGGUCAUUUUUAAGUGAUUAUACAAUGGAAAUAACAUUCAUUGAAAUUUGUGUGGUUUGAAUCCAGAGAGAUACUUCUUAUAGAAGAACAAAUGCUUAUGCUAAAAAUAACAACACCCAAAUGUGGUGAACUCAUGGAUUUUUCCCUUCAAGUGUGAAGGAAGGUGUCAUGAAUGCUGUGGAGAGGCAUCUGGAACCACAUUUCAAAGUAAAGCUUUGCGAUUGAAUGCCCCUUCCCACUUGCUUUUUUUCCCCUCCUUUCUUCCUUCCUUUCUUUUUUGGUUUGUUGGUUGGUUGGUUUUUUUGAAUGCACAAGAAGCAGCAUGGGCUGUCUAACAAGAAUAAACCUACUGCUCAAUUAUUUCACUAUUUCUUAAUUUGUUGGUGGCCUUUUGUGGUAUGAGCCACAACGAAAUGCCUCUUAUGUGGCUGGUUAUUCAAGUUCCCUAGGAUUUUAAAUUCUUUGGUCUAUUAAAUAUCUUAUCCCUCACCGGUAACAUAGCUCAUACUGUACCUGUCAUAAUGUUGCAACUAUAAGAUUAUGGUCAGCCUCUCCUUUUCUUCAUUUUCUGUCAUUUAGCCAUGUUCUUUCCUAUCUCUUUCCAUUCGAGAUGACUUUGCUCAAAAACUGAUAAACAUUUUAUCCUGAUAAGGAAGAAUGUUCCUGUUACUUGAUAUACCUCUGGCCCCAUUCUCUUACAGCUGAUGUUUCCUGAGGCUUUAUGGCCCUUCAUCCUUUAGUACACAGGUCUCUGCCAAAGGUACAGGAUUAUGAUUAUACAGUGAUGGAGACUACUCACUCUUAGCAGAUUUCUCUCAGUUGCUAGUUUUGUACAGUGGAAUAAAACAACAACUUCAUACCUGUAAGUUACUUGGAAUGGUACCUAACAGGAAUGUUAGUUAUUAUCAUAUUGUAAUACUAUAUUGAUAACCUUUUCUCAGCAGCACUUGAAUUAAACUUAUUUAUUUACUUUA